UAGCGGAGGACGGAGUGCAGUAGGAAGCGCGAACAUGGCGUCAGAGGGAAACGUUGACCGGUGGCAGGCCGCAUUGAGUGAGCAUGGCCUGUUCUCCAGGCUGCGAGCGGCGGAGGAGAAUGGCAAGGCCAGGAACCGGGCACACCUCAGAAACCUUAUCUGCAGCGUGGACGGGGACCUGCUGGUGUGGGACCAGGAGGAGUGCUGCUUCUGGACUGUCAGACUGCGGGACCUGGGAACAGACUCCUCGGGGAGCAGGGGGGAGCAGAAACUGAUGUGCAUAAAUCCCCCACUCUUCGAUGUCACUGAUGUUCUGUUAAGCCCUACACAUCAUCAUAUUGCACUGAUUGGAGCCAAAGGUGUGAUGGUUCUUGAGAUUCCUGAACGCUGGGGAAAGAACUCUGAAUUUGAAGGUGGUAAAACCGUUGUAAACUGCAGGACAAUCCCAGUAGCAGAAAGAAUUUUCACCUGUUCCACAUCCCUAAUUCUAAAGCAGGCAACCUGGUACCCUAAUGAGGCACAGGAACCUCGUUUAAUUUUACUUGCAUCAGAUAACACAAUAAGAAUAUACAAUUUUCAAGAUCCUUUGACUCCUGAAAAGGUUAUCAUCCUCUCUAAUUCUGAUGAAGAAUCUGACCUUCCAUAUAAUGGGCGAUCUUACAAAGCUUCUCUUGGAGAAACUGCAGUUGCCUUUGAUUUUGGCCCACCAACAUCAGUUUCUAAGGCCUUUGGUCUAAAAAGCAAACAGGAAACUCUGGCUUACCCACUGUACAUCCUUUAUGAAAAUGGAGAGACCUUCUUGCUGUACAUGGACUUACAGAAUAGUGCUACUAAUGUUGGCAAACUGCUGGGCCCACUUCCUAUGCAUCCCGCGGCUGAAGAUAACUAUGGCUAUGAUGCCUGUGCUGUACUUUGCUUACCCUGUGUACCCAACAUAUUGGUCAUUGCCACAGAAUCAGGACUCCUCUACCACUGUCUGGUGCUGGAAGGGGAAGAAGAUGAUGAUCAGAUGUUGGAAAAGUCGUGGAAUUCCAGCUCAGACCUGAUCCCCUCACUGUAUGUGUUUGAAUGUGUUGAACUAGAGUUGGCAUUGAAGCUUCCAACAAAUCAGGAGGAGUCAACUGAAUCAGACUUUGCGUGUCCUAUCAAACUACACAGAGAUGUUAGCUUAUCCCAGUACCACUGCACUCACAUGGCAGGUGUUCACAGUGUAGCACUGACCUGGCUUAGCAAACUGCAGAAAUUUCUCAGUGGAGGAGAGGAAGAAAGGGAUAGUUUACAAGACCUGGCAGCAGAACAAAAGUCUCUCGUGGAGCAUAUUCUAUGUACCAAGCCACUACCCUGCAGAGAACCUUCUCCAAUUCAAGGAUUUUGGAUUAUAUCUGACUUUUCGCUUGGAACAUCAAUGAUCUGCAUAACAUGUGGCUUUGAAUGCAUCACUAGACCACUGCUUACAAAUGCCCAUCCACCAUCUCCCCCACUUCUCCACUCUCAGGUUGGCAGUAGUGCCACAACGUCCAUGCCAUGUUCUGCAGCAGAUGCCAGGGAGUCCUUUGAAAUUCACAUUCAAGGCAUUUUGAGCCGUAAAGCUACAAACCCAUUGCUUCUAAACUCCUCAAAUAAAGACAAAUCUCCUUCACCUGAGGAAUGUCUCCAGCUGGUGAGCAGAGCUACCCAAGUGUUUCGGGAAGAAUAUGCACUGAAACAAGAUCUAGCCAAGGAAGAGAUACAAAGACGAGUGAAGAUGUUGAUGGUGCAAAAAGAGAAACAACUUAAAGAUCUGUGGUACUGUAAAGAGGAAAGGAAAAGACUUAAAGAUAUGGCUGAACGUCUUGCUGAGAAGUUUGAAGAAGCCAAGGAGAAACAAGAUGAUUUACUUAAUAGAUUUAAAAAGGUAUUGCAUACUUUCCACACUCAACUCCCAGUGUUGUCCGACAGUGAGCGAGAUACAAAGAAAGAAUUGCAGUCCACUAAUGAACAGCUGCAGUACUUGAGCAAUGCUAUUAAACAGGUCAAGAUGAAAAUGUCUUAUCAGGAGAAACAGAUGGAAAAUAAGAAUAGCCCAAGGAAAUCCAGCUUUGCUCUUAAUGAAAGUCAAAGAAAAAAUAUUCAGUCUGUGCUAAAAGAAGAGGGUGAAAAUAUUCAAGCAAUGGUGAAGCAGAUAAAUGACAUCCGAAACUAUGUGAAUUUCUAAUCAAGAAAUGCAGGACAUUGUUUACACAUUAUUAUUGCAUCAGACGAUGUUUAUUGAAGACACCAUUUCGCCAAUGCGGCCAUAACCAACAGGAAAUAUGGACUAACAAAUGACUGUUGUAUAUAAAAAGACAGAUCUGGAUAUGAUUUGGAAAACUAGUUCUUCUGAGCUUAAAAUAACAUUUAUGUAAAAAUGCAUAUUGGUCACUUGAUUUUGUAAAAGGAAACAUGCAAUUGUAUUCUUGUUUUUAUUAAUGGGACUGUCCAAUUUAAUUGUCCAUAAAACCAAGAUUCUAAAUAUUA